CUAGAUUCAACCACUUUCCCAAAUCCCACACGCAGCCAGCCGCCACGAACCGCGAGGGGCGAUCCGACGCGAGGCUGCGAAGUCGCCGACGCGCCGUCACCGCCCCCCCCCCCCCCAGAUACGCAGCGAGUUGUGGCCGUCUUCAACUCGAGGCGCAACUGACCACGCCAGAGACGCCCGCUGCCGCCGUCCGCCGAGCAGUUUAAGAUUUUCUGGUAGCCAUGGGUAAGGAGAAGACUCACAUUAACAUUGUGGUCAUUGGCCAUGUCGACUCUGGCAAGUCGACCACCACUGGCCACCUGAUCUACAAGCUUGGAGGUAUCGACAAGCGUGUGAUCGAGAGGUUCGAAAAGGAGGCUGCCGAGAUGAACAAGAGGUCAUUCAAGUACGCAUGGGUUCUUGACAAGCUCAAGGCUGAGCGUGAGAGAGGUAUCACCAUCGAUAUCGCCCUGUGGAAGUUCGAGACCACCAAGUACUACUGCACAGUUAUUGAUGCCCCUGGACACCGUGACUUCAUCAAGAACAUGAUCACUGGUACCUCCCAGGCUGACUGUGCUGUCCUUAUCAUUGACUCCACCACUGGUGGUUUUGAGGCUGGUAUCUCCAAGGAUGGCCAGACCCGUGAGCAUGCUCUCCUUGCUUUCACUCUUGGGGUGAAGCAGAUGAUUUGCUGCUGCAACAAGAUGGAUGCCACCACUCCCAAGUACUCGAAGGCCCGUUACGAUGAGAUUGUGAAGGAAGUCUCUUCCUACCUCAAGAAGGUCGGCUACAACCCUGACAAGAUUCCCUUUGUUCCCAUCUCUGGGUUUGAGGGUGACAACAUGAUUGAGAGGUCCACCAACCUUGACUGGUACAAGGGCCCAACCUUGCUUGAGGCUCUUGACCAGAUCAAUGAGCCCAAGAGGCCUUCGGACAAACCCCUCCGUCUCCCCCUUCAGGAUGUGUACAAGAUUGGUGGUAUUGGUACUGUCCCUGUUGGUCGUGUUGAGACUGGUGUCCUCAAGCCUGGUAUGGUUGUUACCUUUGGUCCCAGCGGCCUGACUACUGAGGUCAAGUCUGUUGAGAUGCACCAUGAGGCUCUCCAAGAGGCCCUUCCUGGUGACAAUGUUGGUUUCAAUGUGAAGAACGUUGCUGUUAAGGAUAUCAAGCGUGGGUAUGUGGCCUCCAACUCUAAGGAUGACCCUGCCAAGGAGGCUGCCAGCUUCACCUCCCAGGUCAUCAUCAUGAACCACCCUGGGCAGAUUGGCAACGGCUACGCCCCAGUCCUGGACUGCCACACCUCCCACAUUGCUGUGAAGUUUGCUGAGCUCCUGACCAAGAUCGACAGGCGGUCUGGCAAGGAGCUCGAGAAGGAGCCGAAGUUCCUGAAGAACGGUGAUGCCGGCAUGGUGAAGAUGAUUCCCACCAAGCCCAUGGUUGUGGAGACCUUCUCCGCGUACCCUCCUCUUGGUCGUUUUGCUGUCCGUGACAUGAGGCAGACGGUUGCUGUUGGAGUCAUCAAGAGCGUGGAGAAGAAGGACCCAACCGGUGCCAAGGUGACCAAGGCUGCUGCCAAGAAGAAAUGAUGCACCUGGUGGUUGAUUCUAUGUCUGAUUUUGGGAUACCUAAGUGGUUUAGUAUCAUCGCUUAAGUUUUGUGGACAGCCAUUGCUGUUACCGUGUGAACUGUUAUGCUCUGUUGGCAAUGCACUCUCGGUCUGUCGUUUUAAGUACUGUAUUGUUACUUCGGGUUCGGCAAAACUUAAGUGCUCUGAGACUGAUUUGUACCCUCAUUGAUGUUGUUGAAUGUGAGUCCUUAGAUUGGUAUAA